CCUGCCCUCCCACGUUCUUGAGGUUCAACACAUUCUACCUUGACACAUCACAAUUGCCCCGGGCUUGAUUGGUGCGGCCGGUCCAUGCCACCGCCGCUCGGUUGCUGCAGCCGAGCAGACGCACUCAUCCAUCGUCCUCAGGGAAACAUAUUGAGGAACACCUGGGCACUAGCCUGGUCGAUAGUUGCUGACGACAAAUAUUCUUUCCGUCCCUCACAAUCCAUAUCGGCUGCAACUACACAUCCGUUGUGAGGUACAGGCCCAUCACGCUUGACGGCACGCCACGGCGCCGCUCCCUCCCACCUUCGCCUGGUCCAACGCUACGGCGCCUGAAUCUUUUCUUUCUUGUUUCGCUGCGCACAUUGCCAGCAAACUCGGCUAUGGCUAUGCAGACCAAUGAGACAAGUCAGCGAACCUCCGACUCCCGUGCUUGCUACUAUGCUCGCUCCAGCUCUCUCGAUCCACAGCAUUAUCAGGAGCUCGUGGAUAGAGGCUGGAGACGAUCUGGGUCCUUGUUCUAUCUCCCAGACGCAUCUCGAUCCUGCUGUCCCCAUUAUACCAUUCGGCUUCCCGUUUCAGACUACAAGCCAACUCGUGACCAACGGCAGGCACUGAAUCGCUGGAAUCGUUUCGUGCUCGGCGAUCGCUACAUCAAUGACCUCAGCAUCAAAUAUCCUAAAACAAAGGAAGAGAAAAAACUCACAUCUUCGCACUUUGAUGUUGCGAGGGCUGUCCACGAAGCCGAGAAGGAGAAUAUCAAAGAUGACGUUACGUCCAAGAAAGCUCUCGCUCGAGGUGAAAAGACCAUUCCCGAUCACAUAUUCCAGGUGACACUGGAGCCCGAUACCUUCACACUCGAGAAAUAUGAGCUUUUCGCCAACUACCAGCGAAACGUGCAUAAGGAGGACGAUGAUCAGAUCAGCGAAAAGGGGUUUCAAAGGUUCCUCUGCUCAUCGCCACUGCGCCGCACAGUAGACGACAGCGGCAAUCAAUAUGGAAGCUUCCAUCAAUGCUAUCGACUUGACGGUCGCCUUAUUGCGAUGGGAGUUCUCGAUCUUUUACCUCACGCCGUCUCUGGAGUCUACUUCGUGUAUCACCAAGACUUUGAGAAGUGGUCUUUUGGCAAACUCUCGGCGGUACGAGAGGCAUGCUUGGCAUUGCAGCAGGGAUACGAAUAUUACUACAUGGGUUAUUACAUCCACAGCUGUAAGAAGAUGAAAUACAAGGCCGACUACGAACCACAAUACGUCCUCGACCUGCACAGCCUCAAAUGGGACCCGCUCGACGAUGCGAUGCGAGACUUGAUGUCGAACAGAAAGUACGCCAGCCUGUUACUCGAGCUUUCGCGCAAAGAGCGAGGAAACGAAGUCGAACCAUCCAGUCAGGAGGACGAGUCACCAUAUGUAGAACCAUUGGAUGCUAUGGAAGCCUAUGUCUCAGGGGCAUCUCUACUGGACUUAUCAGUGCCCGGCGUUCUCAAUGCCGACCAGGUCCGUGAGCAAAUUGAUCUUGACACGAUAAAGAUUCGCCUCAAUGGCAGAACUUUUGAAACGCAAGAUACGAGAGGAUGGGGUGAGCCCGACAGUCACCUUCGAGGCAUCAUUACUGAUCUUGCGGCGGCUAUUGGACCAGUAGUCGCGCAUGGUAUUAGUGUUGACUUCUCCUCUUGAAAUCUAGACAAGCAGCCCAUGUCGCUGAUAGAUAGGGGCAUCGGUGCGUCGAGGAAAUAUGCGCAGAAGUAUCCUGCAGUUGGCGUCCAUGAAUCAAAUGAACGGAUGAAAGAAUUCAGACAGACGUAAAAAGACAUUUCCUGACCGCUUGUUGUGACGUGCCCGCAAACCUGUGCUUCUGCGAUUUCCACUACAAUAGUAGACAUGUUCGUUGA